GUCUGGACCAGAACCAUGGAGGACUCGGAGUGUCCGCCCGUGACCGUGGAGGGCGACUGGAGUCCGGAGCAGAAUAAAACCGUGAAGAACAAACUGCAGCUUUACUUCCAGAGCAAGAAGAAGUCCAGCGGAGGAGACUGCCGGGUGGAGGUGGAGGAGGAGGCCCCCACAGCCUCCGUCUUCUUCCGAUCACAGGACGUCAGAGAGCGCGUCCUCGCUAAGAAACAUCAUGAGAUCUCUGUGGGGAACAAAGCUCUGACGUUACGGCUGAGUUUGGCACCAGGAGGCGAAGCUUCUCAGAGCCCGCCCAGCAGCAGCGAUGUCGCCUCAGAACCAGCUGCAGAUUCCAAGAACCAAAAACUUGAACCUGAAAAAGGAUCUUCUGCAACAAACCAGAAGGAUUUGGAGUCAGGUCCAAGGUCCACUGCUGUGUUGCUGGAGAACGUCCAAGAGAACCUGUCUCAGGAUCUUCUGCAGAUGAUGGUGGAGACCAUCUCUGGACUGGAUGAGAACGACUUCAGUCUGGAGAUCAUUUGGGAAACCAACAUGGCCAUACUGAUCUUCAACAGCCCUGAAGAUGCGGAAAAGUUUGUCUCUGUGAGUCAGACCAACUCAAAGAUGAAGAAACUUGGAUUGACGGCUCGGCCACUAGAGGCAACAAAGAGCAUCAGAAUGGAGAGUCUUCCUCAGACUGUGGUUAAAGACAUGAUUGAGCUGUGGUUUGAGAAGCACUGGGAGCUGCCGGAGGACGUCGUCAUGAUCCCAGAGGAGCAGGCGGCCAUCGUCACCUUCAUGGACCCUAAAGUUGUGACAAGCAUCUGCGUUAAAGAAGACCACGUGAUGCGGUCCAUCGCUGUCAAGCUGUAUCCGUACUACGAGUCGCUGGGAACCGCUCUGUACGGCAAAGAGCGGCCUGCCUGGAAGAUGCCUAAGCCGGUCACUGAGAAGGUUCAGCGCGUGAUCUGGAAAUUCCUCCUGCAGAAGAAAAUGCCGAAAAGCAUCAACAAUCAGAUGGAUCCACAUUUCUGCAGCGUGGAUUUGGACCACCCUGAGGUGAAGCUCAGCCCACUGCCCAGUUUCCUAAAGCAGAAAGGUCUGACUGCUAAGGACGUAGACAACUGGGCGGAGGUGGCUCGGGCCGCUUUCUGCAGACUCAUGUCCGAGUACACCGCCUUUGAAAGCGACGUGAACACAGAAGCAUGGAAAGCUGCUGAGAAGGAGGUGCGGUCGGUUGUGAGGGAAGAUGCCUUAGUAGACUUUGAUCCAUCCAGAGAUGUUGUGACCAUCGCCGGUAGAGCCGAUGACAUCAAGAAGAUCCGAGCUCCUGUGGAAAACAUCAUCUUGAAAUUGAUGAAUCAUGUUCAACGACAGACCAAAAGCAUAACUGAGCUACUUGAAUUUUCCCCGGCUUAUUUUGCCAUCCUGAAGGAAGAAGGGCUGCAGAAAGCUGCCGCUGACAUCUCCUCUGAGUUGAAGGUCUCGUUCAAUGAAGGCACCGGGAAGCUGAGCCUUACAGGACUGCCUGAAGAAGUCUACAAAACCAAGUCCUGGAUCUUGGAGAGAAAUAUGAGCAUGAGAAAAAAACAGCUAAAUCUCCCUCCGAGUCUUCUGGAUUACCUCCGGAGUGUGGACUCCACGGACAUGUCGAUGAACCUGUUCACUUCACAAGGCAUCAGUGCCGUCUACUGCAUCGACUUCAAAGGCGUUUCUUUAGUGGGAAGCUCUGACAGAGCCCUGGCCGAUGCUGAGAGUAAGAUGAAGAAAGAUCUGUUGGUGCAGACUUUGGAUGUGCCGGAUCAGGGAGUUCUGAGCCAGCAGAAAUGGAUGGACCUGAACAGAGACCUCCUAGACACCUACAACUUCUCCAACAAGAAGACUGUGAUUAUAUGGAUCCACCCGGAGAGAAUAGACAAAGUAACGGUGGCUGGCUUCAGCAAUCCUGUCAAAGAAGUCAGCGUCACUCUCAGGCAGUUCAUUGAAGACUACUCACAGAGCCCGCCCAGCAGCAGCGAUGUCGCCUCAGACCGAGCUGCAGAUUCCAAAGACCAAAAAUCUGAACCAGAGAAAGGAGCUUCUGCAACAAACCAGACGGAUUUGGAGUCAGGUCCGAGGUCCACUGCUGUGUUGCUGGAGAACGUCCAAGAGAACCUGUCUCAGGAUCUUCUGCAGAUGAUAGUGGAGACCAUCUCUGGACUGGAUGAGAACGACUUCAGUCUGGAGAUCAUCUGGGAAACCAACAUGGCGGUACUGAUCUUCAACAGCCCUGAAGAUGUGGAAAAGUUUGUCUCUGUGAGUCAGACCAACUCAAAGAUGAAGAAACUUGGAUUGACGGCUCGGCCACUAGAGGCAGCAAAGAGCAUCAGAAUGGAGAGUCUUCCUCCGACUGUGGUUAAAGACAUGAUUGAGCUGUGGUUUGAGAAGCACUGGGAGCUGCCGGAGGACGUCGUCAUGAUCCCAGAGGAGCAGGCGGCCAUCGUCACCUUCAUGGACCCUAAAGUUGUGACAAGCGUCUGCGUUAAAGAAGACCACGUGAUGCGGUCCAUCGCUGUCAAGCUGUAUCCGUACUACGAGUCGCUGGGAACUGCUCUGUACGGCAAAGAGCGGCCUGCAUGGAAGAUGCCCGAGCCGGUCACUGAGAAGGUUCAGCGCCGUGGAUUUGGACCACCCCGAGGUGAAGCUCAGCCCACUGCCCAGUUUCCUAAAGCAGAAGGGUCUGACUGCUAA